AGAUAAUAGUAUUAGAAAAGUCUUUGAGAAAUCAAAACUCUUCAUUUUUCCCUUUUUUUUUUCAUAGUCAACAAUAAUUUUCUUAACUAGGGUUUCUAUUACAAAACUAUUUGUAAUUAGAAAACUAUUACAAAGUUUUCUAAUUACUUUUCUCUUCAUCUUUCAGAUCUGAAAAACCAUAAAGUUUUUAUUUUUAGGGGUUAUAUCCACUUCAAGAUUUAGAAUCUUUCUAUUUUUGGAAACUUCUCAUGAAUUGGUGGAAAGAGAACACUUCUGAACUAUUUCUAAUACGUUAAAGACAUUUUCUCGCGAACAAGAAAAUGGUGAGGGGAAAAACUGAGAUAAAAAGGAUUGAAAAUGCAACAAGUAGACAAGUGACUUUCUCAAAAAGAAGAGGUGGACUACUUAAGAAGGCAUUUGAACUCUCAGUUCUUUGUGAUGCUGAAGUUAGUCUUAUCAUUUUUUCUCAAAAAGGAAAGCUUUUUGAGUUUUCAAGUUCAAGUACUAACAAGACAAUAGAACGUUAUCAGAAGAAUGACAAGAAUUUGAGACAUGACAAAAUAUUACUUGAACAGACUACUGAGCAUUUGAAGGAGGAGGUUAUGAGCAUGACUAGGAAUCUGGAGGUUCUUGAAAACUCUAAAAGAAGGCUUUUAGGAGAAGAUUUAGAGUCUUGCUCCAUUGAUGAACUUGAAAUGGUUGAAGGACAGUUAGAUCAAAGUUUAAGAAAUAUUAGGGCAAAAAAGAACCAGCUAUACAAGGAAAAAAUUUCUCUUCUAAAAGACGAGGAAAAAGUCCUAAUGGAGAAAAAUGCAGAAUUGCGGGAAAAGUAUGAGGCUCUACCGCUGCCUUUAUUUAUUGAUCAACAAGAAGAUGAAAGUCCUCAAGCACGAAAAAUGGAGGUAGAUACACAACUAUUUAUUGGAUUUCCUGAAAGAUGACUAAAGACGAAGUCAAGAUUUGAAGUUUAUGGAUUUAAGAAUUUUAUUUACUUGAAUCACUUUAUUCUAAAUUAAUAAUUUAUAUGUAUUCAACUGUUUUCUUGAAACAAAUAUAGAAUUUUAAUC